GUCUUUCGUCUUCCUUGCCGCCAUAUUGGAAAACGAGAGGACCCUGGGGGCAAGGAUGAAGAGGAAACAAACAUGGCGGGUCCGAAAGGUGUUUGCCCAAGUUUCUUCAAUCUUCCGUGGGAAGACGUGAUUUUUCUACAUAUAUUUCCUCAUUUUAGUAUACAACAGCUCUUCAAGUGCAGGCGGGUUAGCAGAUUUUUCCGAGAAGUUUGCGAUUCGUAUUUCGCUUGGCAAAGAAGUCUAGAUUGCAGUGAAGUUUCUUCCCGCCUCACAACAAAUGCAUUUUCUCUGUUAACUAAAGCAAGUUCGUCUUUACAGCUGGUGGUUUUGAAAAACUGUAAAGGCUGGCUGGAUGAAGCUUCCCUCGUGGAAGUAUUAAAGCGAAAUCCGCGAAUUAGUGAGUUGGAUUUGACUGCAUGUUCAAGUUUAACAAAUUUAUCCCUAUUUACAUUGGCGGAGUUUAACUCCGGAUUAAGAGUAAUUAAGUUACGUGAGUGUCGCUGGGUUUCAUCGGAUGCUGUUAUUCAGUUAUCGUUAUGCUGUAAUGGCCUACAGCAUGUCGAUCUCACAGGCUGUUGGGAAGUCACAGAUUCUUGCGUAUCGUCUCUUGCCUCUUGCUGUAAUGGAUUGCAAACUCUUCUCCUCAAUGAUUGUUACAGCGUCAGCGAUAAUUCGGUUCGAAUUGUCGCCAAUUCAUGCCCUAAACUGUCCCAUCUCGGAUUGAAGGGGUGUUGGCGAGUCUCUAAUACCGCUAUAAAACUGAUUGGAGAAUACUGUCCUUAUCUGGACACGCUGGAAGUCAGGGAUUGUAGAGAUAUUUCUGAGGCUAGUUUAGCAAGGUUAAGAUUACGUGGAGUAAAGAUUGAUGUCGGCAAAACCAAGCGAUUAAGAUUACAUGCCGGUCUCUAUGGAUAUGUAGAACAUGAUGAUUGGCAAAUACCAGUGGUCAACUUGAACAUUUGA